AAGAAGAAGAAGACGAAGAAGACGGAGCUUCCGUUAGCAUUAGCAUUAGCUUUAGCUGUGCAGUUAUUAUAUUUGGAGACGAACGUGCGGAUUAAAGUGCACACGUCACUGCUGCCGUCCGUCCGUCAGUCCUCAGGUCCGUCCGUCAGUCCUCAGGUCCGUCCGUCUGUCCUCAGGUGUGAUGUAGGAGACAUGUCUCUCCAGGUGGUGCUCCAGCAGAGGAUCACCUCUGCCCAGGUGUUGCUGCAGAGGGCGGAGCUUCUGUGUCCAGGUGUGGAGGGUUACCAGAAGCUGGUUGGUAAACUGCGGGCGGAGCUGCGUUUCCUCCGGCGGGUGGAGGCCGGAGAGCUGCAGGUCAAAGAGUCCCACCUGCACAGCACCAACCUGACUCACCUGACGGCCAUCGUGGAGUCGGUGGCGAGUCUGGAGGACGUGGUCGCUCUGCUGCACGUCUUCACCUACCUGGACGCCGCCGGACGCCGGCAGACGCUGGUGGUGGACGUGGUGGCGAACGGAGGACACACCUGGGUGAAGGCGGUGGGAAGGAAGGCGGAGGCUCUGCACAACAUCUGGAAGGGGCGGGGCCAAUACGGAGACAAGAGCAUCAUCAGUCAGGCUGAGGACUUCCUGUUGGCCAGCAAACAACAGGAAGUCCACUUCAGACAUCCUCACGUGGUCUUCGCCUUCUACAACGGAGUCUCCUCCUCCAUGUUCCACCGACUCAAGGACAUGGACAUCUCCGUCAGAGGGGACGUCGUCGCUGUCAACAGUGUGAUGGAGGAGGAGGAGGAGGAGGAGGAGGAGCCGCCGCCGCCGCCGCCGCCGCCGCCAGCUGAAGGUAACGAGGAGGAGGAGCCAGCUGAAGGUAACGAGGAGGAGGAGGAGGAGUCUGAAGAUAAAGAGGAGGGGUCUGAAGAGGAGGAGCUGACCCAGGUGGACCGAUCCACGGUGGUGGUCAGCUUGGCGUUCCCCAUCCAGGUGAAGGUGGAGGAGUGUCAUUGCGUGAACCUCGACAUCACGACGCUCAUCACGUAUGUGUCAUCGCUGAGUCACGGACGAUGUCACUUCUCGUUCCGGGAGCCGGUGCUGACGGAGCAGGCGGCUCAAGAGCGCCUGCAGCCGGUUCUGCCUCAGCUGGACGACUUCCUGUUUGGUAAACAGCUGUUCGUCUGUCGCUCCGCCGUCCAAGACUUCCAGCUGAUCCUGGACACGCUGGGGGGGGCGGGCGAGAAGGAGCGCGCUCAGACGCUGCUGGCUCGAGUCCGCCUGGUGGACGACCGGCCGUCGGAACGCACGCUGCGCCUCACGCACAGCGCCAAGGUCAACCGACGCUCGCUCGCCAUCUUCGGCACCGGAGACUCGCUGAGAGCUGUCACCGUGACGGCAAACAGCCGAUUCGUCAGGGCGGCGGCCAAUCAGGGCGUCCAAUACAGCGUGUUCAUCCACCAACCGAGGGCUCUGACCGAGGGCAAGGAGUGGAGGGCCACACCCAUCUAGGGACUUCCUGUCUAGGGGGACUUCCUGUGCCGGGCUGAUGGGAGUUAAUAAUCAUGUAAAUAGAUCAGUCUGUUGAAUUACAUCACAAUAAAGUGUCACAGUCAA